CGACUGUGAACUGACGGCUAAUCGCAGCUAUCAAUUCAAAGUAUGAAAUGGUUAUUCGUUUAUUGAUUAAUCCAAUUUUAUUUUAUUUUAUGAAUUAAAAUGGCAAGAAAGCAAGGAAAAGUUUACUUAGGAUAUGAGGAAGAAAUAAUAAGUGAUAAAAAUCGAACUCUACUAAAUUUCACAGUCAAUAAAAUCGGUGGAUUACCUGAUUGGCCUCCACUUGAGAAUCUGCAAUAUCCAUCCAAAUGUCCAAUUUGCAGCUUACACAGAUUUUUAAUAGUGCAAUGUUAUGCUCCACUUGAAAAUUCUGUGUAUCAUCGAACCCUAUACAUUUUUGCUUGUAUAAAUCCAAAUUGCUGGAACCAGUCAGAAAGUUGGGCAUGUAUCAGAUGUCAAUUAAAGGACAAUCCCUCUAAAACAAGCGCUGUUGUUGCCAUGCCAAGUGCAGACACUAAUUUAAGCUGGUGUAAGGGAUCUGAUGAUUGGGAUGAAAAUGACAAUGGUGAUUCCGCAAAUGGAAAUUUAAUGAGUGUGGAUAAUGCUAUUAGUCCUAACAUACAGAGGAACUCUGAUGAUGAUGAAAGCAAUUCAUAUGAUAUAGAAGCAGUUGAACAAGCUUUGGGACACAUGCAAGUUAUAGAUGCACACAAUGCAAACAUGUCUCCAAUUCAAGGGGCAGUUGGUGAUAUUGGUGUGCCAGUAGCAGCAGCUGAGCUUGAAGGUGGGGACGAACCAGGACUUGUUACUGCUGAGACUCCCACAGCUCCAACCAGUAAUGUAGAGGCUCUGCUUCAUCAGACAGCUGAGCUCCCUGCAGACUUGCGAAAUCGUCUUAUGUUAAGUCCGUUGCAAUUUCUGCCCAAAUACAUUUAUGUUGAGGAGGAAUGGAAGAAAACUGCAUGUAGUGAUGAAAAAGUAACUGAUCUUUUGAAUAAAUAUACAAAAGAAAGUGAAAUUGAAGCAAAUAUCAACGCAGAUAGAUUAGGAGUGGGCGGUGGCGAAGAUGAACCUUAUGAGGAGGCUACACCAUUACAUGGAGAUAAAUUAUUUCACGCCUUCCUUACUCGUCUGCAGAAUAAUCCUGGACAAAUACUUCGGUACAGUCGUGAUGAACCACCAUUACUUGGGGCGCCAUUGCCUCUGAUCGAAGGGCCGGGAUGUCGUGCACCAACAGUUUGUAUGAGAUGUGGUUCGAGACUCAUUUGUGAACUCCAACUGGUACCAGCAUUUGCAGAAAACUUACAAAUUCUUCCCGGGAAUGUGUCUUUGUCCCAUCUACACUUUCUGUCUGUUCUUGUUUUCACAUGCUUGCAAAGUUGCUGGCAGCCGAAUGAUACAUUUGUCCAAGAAACUAUUGUCUUCCAACCAGAAGUUAUAUAAUGUUUUAUUAUCAAAUAAAUUUAAUAUUAGCUUUCCAUUUUUGCCUAGGUAGUGGCUAGAUUCGCCUUGUAGCACUUUAGGGUAGAUUUACAAUCGCAGUUUCAAUUAACUCAAAUCACUAUUUUACAAUUUGUUCCCAACUUAGUUGUAUUUGUAUAAUAGAUCAUGAUACCUAUAGGUAUCUCAUGAAAAUAUAUUUUUGUUAUUAUUUCUCAAUGAUCUCAUAAAUACAAAGAAUACAAAUAUUAUAUGUUCUUGUGCCACAUAAUAUUUAAUUAUAAGGAAAAAAAUAUUUUAUUUAGAGAUAGGUAUUGUUAAUUUUCAUAUUGUAUUAAUCAAUUCCAUUACUAUCCAAUAUAAUAACCAUAGAAAUUUUGACGAAUAAGGAUUUAAACGCAACAAAUAUACUGUUUUAAAACCGGUAAAUAGGUUAAUUUAGAAAGAAAAGCUACUGUUUCAUAAGUAUUAUCUUGGGAAAUAGUCACAAUUAUAUCAGUGCCUGUUAGUAGGUUAAAUUGGAAUUUGACAUUCGAAGUGACUAAUGUUUAUUUAGCUUCAAAAAAAUGUUUCAAUAAAAAGGAGAGCAAUAAAUUUUAACAAUUUGAAUUACCUAUAUCACUCGCACAAUAAUUGCAUGUGUAGUAAGUUUCGUAUUUUUAGAAUACUUGUCUCAUCUGUGAUUCUAAAAAAAUACCAAUGUUACGUACAUUGGUAUUUUUGUACCAUUCAAACUAUAAGACUUGGCUUAAAGGCCUGGUAACCAAGCCAUUAAAUCUUCUAAAAAAUAAACCAUUCAAACUUAAUGACGGCUCAGAAGUUAGCUGUGAACACAAUUUUAUGUGCAUGCGUGUACGGCAAAGCGUGACCCGCUGAUACCUUGAUUAUAAUGUUCGAAGUUGUCAAUAAGUUUGUAUCGAAAUUAUUCUCAAAUUAGAUAGAAGUAGAAUCUCUGUAGAAUUUAAAUGUUGUGUCGGUAUUUAUAAUUACUUAAGGAGUCCAUUUGAAACCUGCCAAAAAACGUAUAUUGUGUAGAAUAUUAAAUAAUAAUGAGAAAA